GAGGGAGGCGUCUCUCCGCCACGGAAGAACAGCGGAGGCAGAGCUGAUAUGCUUGACUCAGAGAUCAUCUUCCUAAAGAUACUCUUCAGUGGUGCUAUUGCAGCUCCAAGUUCAUAAAGACGGAAAAAUGGGAAAAAAGGAUGCUUCUUCUGCAAAAAUACCUGUGGAUCAAUACAGAAAACAAAUAGGAAAACAAGAUUAUAAGAAAACCAAACCUAUGUUAAAAGCAGCAAGACUGAAAGCAGAGGCCAAAAAAACUGCACCAGGCAUAAAGGAAGUCACCCUUGUCCUUGCAGCUAUAUUGGUAUUUUUAUUGGCAUGUUAUGCUUUCUUUUAUCUUAACCUUUCUGAAGAAGACGACCUAGGUCUGGAAAAGGAUGGAAAUUAGUCAAAUUGUUUUUGAAGAUUUCUUCUAGAAAAAAACAUUACUCUUGUUGACUUCAGCCAUGAAAAGCUGCUCGUCAUGAAGUUGAACAAAAUGGGAAUCAGUUCCUGUAACUCAGAAAUUAAUAACACCCUUGAGACUAUCUCAGCCAGCCUUAUGGAUACUGAUGAGGUUCUUCUCCUUUUCAAACUGUAGUUUAUUGGCUAAAGCUGAUCUUUUUCCUCAUUUUUUUUUGAAACUGGAAAUGUUACAUUCCAGAAAACAAUUUUCUAUAUUCAUUAGUGUUAGUAUGUGGGUGAAAAGAAUUUGAUUUCCUUAGAGCUUGGCAACAAACACAAAUUACAGAUAUGACUCAAACACAAACCAAUAUAAUCUGUGAUAUCUGUAGACAUAUUUCUAUUACUUCCAGGUUUCACUAAUUGUUGUGUGAGUGAUCGGGCACAUUCUUAAUUCUUAUCUCCAACAUUCAUUAAACUAGACAUACCCAAUUCCAGCAACCAUUCU